GCCGCAGUGUUGCCUCUUUCUCUCACAUCAACUGCAGGGAUCAGUUUUUGCAGUAAACCACACGUCGGAAUAGGCUACAGUGCUUUUACGUGACCGAGGACCGUUUUUCUUUGGGGUUUUGCGUGUUUUACUCAUUUUCUUUGAAGUCUUUUGUUCUUUACCGUUACAAAUAUGAAAGAAAGGAGAAAUACGCAGCCGUUGGUGGUGAGAUGUAAACUGGUUCUUGUUGGCGAUGUUCAAUGCGGAAAAACGGCGAUUUUGCAAGUCCUCGCGAAGGAUUGCUAUCCAGAGACUUAUGUGCCCACGGUGUUUGAGAAUUACACAGCGUGUAUGGAACUGGAGGAGCAGCGUGUAGAGCUCAGUCUGUGGGACACAUCAGGUUCUCCCUACUAUGACAACGUGAGGCCUCUCUGUUAUAGUGACUCUGACGCGGUGCUCCUUUGUUUCGACAUCAGCCGCCCAGACAUUUUCGACUGUGGGCUUAAGAAGUGGAAGACAGAGAUCCUAGAUUUCUGCCCCAGCACACGCAUUCUUCUAAUUGGCUGUAAGACCGACCUGCGCACUGACGUCUGCACCCUGAUGGAGCUGUCCAAUCAGAAACAGGUCCCCAUCACCCAUGAGCAGGGUUCCUCCAUGGCCAAGCAGCUAGGCGCUGAGGCCUACCUGGAGUGUUCAGCGUUCACCUCAGAGAAGAGUAUCCACAGUGUGUUCCGUAUGGCCGCUCUUGCUUGCAUCAACAAGCUCCAGCCGCUCCCCAAGACCAGCCCCACCCGGCGCCUCUCGAAGAGACUCCUCCACCUCCCCAGCCGCUCCGAGCUGCUCUCCUCCACCUUCAAGAAGGAGAAGACCAAGAGCUGCUCCGUCAUGUGAGUGGAGACCCGGGGCGGGGGGUGUCACUCCCCUCCCACACGCUGCUCCGAUUCCCCAGAACCCCUGACUGUUUGGUUCGGGGAAGGGGGGGGGGGGGUUUCAUCACGAUGGCUUAAUCAAGAGAAGGCUCUUCUUCCAUGUUGAAUCCUUCCUCACCCCCCUCAAAGUGAAAUCAAUUCAGAACAGGUGGACACCUUGCUGUCCACUUUGUCCUGAAGUACUCUUCAGUGCAUAUCUCAUAUUUUUCAGUACUGUAUCUUGGCUUUUUGAUCAUCAGCUAACCAUUGUUCUAACUUGUUACAGUAACGGUAUGCAACCAUGAUGGUGUGACAUCACUACUAUUUAGGCACAUGUUGAUUUGUCCAAAUUGGAAAAUGUGCAACAAGUGACAAAGUUUUAACUUUGUGAAGAAAAAAUGCCUCUCAAGAAAAUGUAUUGCCUAUUUUUCAAAACAAAUCUAGCAUGAAAAUAUAUCAGACAUUACUGAACAUUGUAUCCCUCCUACACUGCAGAGUGGGAACUAUAAGGUGUAGCAACGUGAGCAAAUCGGUGGUCUCCCAAAUGGGUUUUGGGCUCUUCUUGAUUUAGGCCCAACGAGGGCUGAUUGAGAGAGGCGUGGAGAGAGGAGUGUUUGAUUUGACCACAGCGAGAACAGAGGGCCAUUACACAUCUCAUUGUCUCGGCCGUGAUAAUAGCAGCAGGUCUAGACAGACAGACAGGCAGGGAGGGAGGCAGAGACACAUACAGACAGGCAGACGCCAGGCUAGACUGUGAAGUGUGAGCCAUCUGCGCUCUUCUAGGCUCUCAGUCAGUGGAGUACCAGGCUAAAGAGGCAAUGUACAGAACAGAUAGAUACUGGAGCUUUGGGAUAAGCAAAGAAAAUAGGGAAGUAAAAAAACAACAAGUAAAUGUACUGGAGUGCUAGAAAUCCAGUUCUCUCCCAUCAUUUGAUAAAGAGGAAACCACUUCCAGGGAGUGGGGUAUUGUUCUUCCCUGGGCCAUAGACACAACAUGGUUUAAUGCAGAUCUGUCAAGAGAUCUGUCAACUUACGUAUGACAAUGGAUACCAGGUCAGUGUUGAAAAUCCCCUGAGGUGAUUCUUUAAAGGACUGUCUGUUUGCAACUAGAAUAUGCUGCUUAAAAACUGUCAGGAUGAAUCCACUGGGGAAAUGGGAUUUCCAGUUUCCAGACCAGUACAGGAAAAAUAAAGAAUCAAAAAUGCAAAAAAUGUCAUGACUUAGGCCCAUAUUGAUUUUGUUAUAAUGUUUGAGUCACUAAGAUGGCAUAAGAACACAGCAUAAGCCAUGACAAAAUGUGUAAAACUGCAGCAAGUUAACUUUAAAACAGCAACAUUUUAUCUGCGGCGGCCUCUAAAAUGUUUGGUCGGAGGCCGCGCCAUUGGCCACUCGUGUUGGGUUUCAUCACGAGGGUUUUAUCAAGAGAAGGAUUUCUUCCAUGUUGAAUCCUCCCCCCCCUCAAAGUGAAAUCAAUUCAGAACAGGUGGACACGUUGUUGUCCACUUUGUCCUGAAGUACUCUUCAGUGCAUAUCUCAUAUUUUUCAGUACUGUAUCUUGACUUUUUGAUCAUCAGCUAACCAUUGUUCUAACUUGUUACAGUAACGGUAUGCAACCAUGAUGGUGUGACAUCACUACUAUUUAGGCACAUGGUGAUUUGUCCAAGUUGGAAAAUGUGCAAUGUGUGACAAAGUUUUUAUCUUGUGAAGAAAAGUUUUAACUCCCCCCCUACACGCUAAAUUUGCCACCGCCGCUGAAAAAAAUCCUGGGGGAAACACUGUUGAUAACCAACAAAGAUGUGCAGUUUCUAUUAUGUCUUUAACAUCGUAUCCCCCAAGUUCAUCUUGAUUGUUGAAAAAUAUAGCUGUUGAUUUAUUAUAAUUUUCAACAAUCCAAUGUAGCACUCCAUUUCCUUUGCUCUCUUACUCUUCCAAAAUGUUUCUUCUCGUCCUUCUAUUCCUCUUGUUCCUCUAGUAAACCUCCAGUGAGCAGCACUUAAGUCCCACCAACAUGGAGGGCAGUCCAGUCCAAUGUGUCGCUAAACUAUGCCCCUUUUUUUGCUUCAAUCUUUGGCUUCAUGGUUAUAAAUGUGUGUGUACACUAUGGCAUUGUGAUCUAGCUCUGCUUUAGCAUAUCAAGCAAUAAUGAUCCAAGUUAUUGCGAUGCAAAGUCAACUGAUCGAGUGGCAAUAAAAAUGCAGCUUUGGGAUCAGUUUGGGAGAUAUGUCAUGUGACAGCUCCAUGGACAAACAGUAGCCUAUGUACAGUAUGGCGAAACAAACGGAACCACCAUCAUUUCUGCUGUGAAAAGAAGCUUCCGUCCCAUCCCUUUUCUCUUCUUCUACCCGUCAGUAGCCACUGGUAUGUAGGGUAACCAAUGACAUGGCUUGCUGUGCCACUAAACCAUUUUUUAAAUUUGAGACUAAAGGUGAACAAUGCUAUUUGAGGAUGUCAGUGAGUCUGCUGUCGGAUGUACAGUAUCGUUAGGAGAUGAGUGGGUAAAGGAAAUAGCACUAAGCGAUGAUCUGGUCUAAGACAUUAGGCUCCAGCCACGGUUGGCUUGUUGAAGCAUUUUGCAUUGGGGUACGCUAUGUGGAAGCCUCCUAACUUCGAACAAUCGACUAACAAAUGCACAGGCUGGCCCUGUCCAAAGAAAGAUAUUUUUCCAUUAUUCGUUUUUCUGGGGUUAUUGUGUUUUAAUUUUCGUAUUAAAGCGUGAAUUGAAUGCUUGUUUUGAUUUUGUGACUGAGACCGUGUUUGUUAACCUAUGUGGUAAGCUGUGGUAGUCAGUCAGUCACAGUGACUAGAGGAGUGAUAUGAUUUGCACAAAGGCUCUAGUUCCUUGUUGGUCACACACUGGAAUUCCUCAACAACGCCUAGCAACAGUUCAACACAGGAAACCAAUCGAGACUCAGACUGGCUCCUCUGAGUCUCUCGGUUGGUUCGUAGCACAGAUAGGGAGUGAAGAGGGCAUAUCACAUAACAGGACAUAUCCACAUACAUUGUAACUCCAGAUUCUGCUUCUAUCUCAAGGGUUGAUCGGAAUUUGGAUUCAGAAUAUUUUUUUCUUGAGUUUUCUAAUAGUUCCCAGCUCAUACGGGGGGCUCAGGUAUUGGAUACAGAAGCAUUUCAUGGACCAUAUCAGUUAAUAUGCAGCCAGCCAUUGUGUAGUACAGUCAGUGUGUGGUACAUUGACGCAGUCCAACUCCUAGCAUGUCCUAUAACAGUUGUAUGAUUGUACAUAUCUUGUUUUAUAAUCUUUGUAAAGACAUCUUUAAAGAAUGUCGCAGGAAACUGUUUGAUUCAAACAAUGAAAGACCAAUAUGUUGUUGUUGAUGUGAAUAUUUAUUUGAUAGCUAUAAUUGCUAUUUUUCUUUGCUUUUUUUUGGUUGACAUGUAGUUGUUUGAAAUGUAUUUUGGACAUUCUUUCCUUUUCUUUUGCUCUGCUAAUAAAGCUUGUCAUGACUGGCACCAUGA